AUGAUACGUUUCCUUGCGUUUCUUCUUGUGAGCUGCCUAGCUCUUACAGCGGGUGGAAGGUCCAGUAUGGUCGAUGACAACACAUUCUUUGGUAUAACUACCACUGAUAAACCAUCCUACACCUACUGGGACUAUGCAGAGUGCCAUCAACUGUGUCAAGUGCCGUGCACACGGACUGUCGUCCAUUUCAAGGAGCAGCAAAUUGAUAUGUAUAAUUGUGUUCAACUCAAAGUGAUCAAGACCUCUUUCAUCGACAAUCUCAAAGGAGGAACCUUCAAAAACGCGAUAAUUGUCGUGGUCGUUGUCACCGUCUUCAUUAUGCUCAUGAUCGCCUGCGGAUACUACUGCUGUUGCAACCGACGAGAAGAGGAUGAGCGGUUUCCAGGAAGAGACGAGUUUCGAGAGCUUGGACCACACGACGAGAGGAAGGCUCUCAACAAAGGAACAUCUGUAAUUGAAGUCUAG